CCACUGAACAAAUUGGUCCCCGAAUUCGGGCAGUGUGGGGCCACGCCUUUUGCGAUCGUCCUCGAGAAGGGUGCUCUCAAGGCGGUCGGACACUUCGUUCACGGAAGCAGUCAGCAGGGACGUCGGCCUUGGAGCAAGGGGGUCGGGAAGAAGAUAGCUAUCGCGCCCACGUUUCCAGACGACCGCACCCUGCUCAGUGCGAGGCCGUUUGCCCAGCACCGUCUCACGCUCGGUAUCAGCCUGACUACCGGACUCGACCAGCGCCUUGGUCGGAACAGCAGAGGGAGUCUCGAGAGGCUGCUUGCCAACAGAGGACUUCUCCGCGGCCUGGUCUUUGGCCUUGUCUCUGGACGACGGGUUGGGCUCGGAGGUUUUGUCCGUGGACUUGGAAGGAUUGGGAGCUCGAUGAUCGACUUUCUGACGGCUAUCGGUCUUUUGACGGUCGUCAGGGUCUCGAGAUUAUUUUCGAGGUCAUGAACUGCCCCGAUCGUUAUCGCAUGUUAUGUGCCCAGAUCCAGCUGACCGGUGAUGCCAGACUCUGGUGGCAAGCCUUUUGGAGUAUGUGUCCCGGUGAAAAAGACGGUUGUACGUGGGACCAGUUCAAGGAGCUGAUCCGAGAAAAGUAUUAUCCCUCGUAUUACCGAGUAGACAUGGAGCGCCAGUUCUUGGCACUCACUCAGGGUACUCGUACUGUCGACAAGUACGAAAGAGAGUUCACCCGUCUCGGAGCCUUUGUACCUGAUCUUGUGAGUACGGAGGCAAAGAGAGCCCACCGUUUCACUGACGGACUUCGCCCAGCAGUCCGCCACAACACCGUAGGCCACAGCGUCAAGACCUACGCCCGCGCAGUUGCCAUUGCACAGGAAGUUGAUGCUAGUAUCCGACGAGAAGCCACCCAGACACCAGCCCAGCCAGUUGCUCAGCCACCAGCCCAGCCUAAAGUAACCCAACCAUCAACAAACCAGAAGAAGAGGAAGCUCAGAGGGGGCUCAGACAACUGGAGGACCCGUCCCAGACAAUAUCCAGAAAGCCCAACCUGCGGGAAACACCACCGUGGAGAAUGCCUCGUGGGCCAGAAU